GGCGCGAGGCGCUUCCUGCCGCGGCCGCAGGUUCGGCUCCGCGGCCCGGCCCCGGUACCGGAGCGGAGCGGAGGGGCCCCGGUCCGGCCCGGUGCGGCGGAGGGGCCAUGCCGAGCCGUCCCCCGCCCCGCGCCGCCUGAGCCGGGCCCGCGGCACCGCCUGCCAGAAAUGGAAACAAACAACCAUUUUAACUUCACUGGCCUUUCCUCUGCACCCGCUGCCUCAGGACCGAAACCCACGCCUGCCUCAGGGGACAACCCCUUCACCCACAGCUCCCCGCUCGGCUUCCCCCCGCAAGGGAAAAGUCUGAACGGGGGCAUGAAUGUCAAUGGCUUCUCUACUGUAUCGCACCCCGGUACUUCAGGGACAUUCCCGCCCGGCUCGGCGCCCGCCGGCUCCCAACCCCUCCGCACCUACGACUGCCUCUGGGACUACGCGGCCUACGCGCCCGCCAGCAGCCUCAAGGACGGGGGCCCGCCCGCCCUCGGACAGUUCCCGCUCAACGGCGUCGCCGGGGGGUCCCGGCCGCCGUCCCCGGGCCACGGCACCAACCUGCGGGUGGCCGGGCAGGAGUUCUGGGGGAACGGCACCGCCGGGCCCAUGGGGCUGAACUUCGACUCGCAGGAGCUUUACGACUCCUUCCACGACCAGAGCUUUGAGCUGAUGCAGAACGGGCCCGACGGCUUCUACGCGGCGGGUCAGCCCUCGCCCAUGCUGGGCUCUGACACGCAGCCCUUCCCGCUGCCCCCGGAGGAGCCGGGCCCCGGCCAGGGAGACGCCGGCGGCGCCGCCAAGGAGAUCCCCAUCGCGGAGAACGGGGGUGGGCUGGUGGGCAGCCGGGAGCUGGAGGAGGCACAGCCAGACCUGAAGAUCUGCAGCUACAACGGGGCCGCCGCCGGCGCGGUGCCGCUCGGGCAGGAGGGGCCCGUCCUGGCCCCCGGCGCGGGCAGCGGGUGCCUGGGGGACGCGUCGCCCAUCGCCCCACGGCUGGAGGACUCCCACAUCCUCAGUGAGGACCCCCUGGAGCCCUUCGAGUCCCUGGCCAGAGACCCCGGCACCGGCGACCUCUACACCAUGGACGACUCGCAGCUGGUGAGCGACAAGUCGUCCCUGGAGGAGCCCCCCGACCUGGCUGCCAGCCCCCCCCUCCACGCCAGCCCCUUCAGCCUGCUGCCCGCCAGCCCCCCGCCCGCCCCGCUGCUCGAGGGCCCCGGCUCGCCCACCCUGCACGACGGCACCAGCGUCGACCUGAACAGCGGCAGCCACGCGGGACUGGGGGACUCGGGGUCCCUGCAGCUCGACCCCCCGCUGGAGCCGGAGUCCCCGGCCCCGUCUGCAGAGGAGGAGGAGGAGGAGGAAGAGCAGGAGGAGGAGGAAGAGGCCGCCGACAGCUGCCCGGAGACUUCGGCCGCACCAGAAGGAGAGAGCGAGGAGGCGGCUCCGCUGGGCGCCUCGGCGGCAGGGGAUGUCCCUCGCCGCCGCAUCGCCACGCAGGAGGAGGUUCGCUUCCCGCUGCAGCACGGGUGGAGGCGGGAGGUUCGGAUCAAGAAGGGGAACCACCGCUGGCAGGGUGAGACCUGGUACUACGGGCCCUGCGGGAAGAGGAUGAAGCAGUUCCCGGAGGUGAUCAAGUACCUGAGCAGGAACAUGGUGCAGGACGUGCGGCGCGAGCACUUCAGCUUCAGCCCCCGGAUGCCGGUGGGAGACUUCUAUGAGGAGCGGGACACGCCAGAGGGUGUGCAGUGGGUGAGGCUGAGCCCCGAGGAGAUCCCCGGGCGCAUCCAGGCCAUCACGGGCAAGCGCGGGCGGCCCCGCAACGCCGAGAAGGCCAAGCCCAAGGAGCCACCGGCCGCCAAGCGGGGCCGGGGCCGCCCGCCCAAGGUCAGGAUGGUGGAUUUGCUGAGCAAGACGGACGCGCGGCUGCUGAAGAGGCUGGAAGCACAAGAGGUGCUCAGCGAUGAGGACAAGCUGAAAAUGAGUAAAAUCAAGAAGAAAAUGAGACGGAAGGUGCGAGCGUGUGGCUCGGGGUGGGCGCUGGGGCUCCUCGGGUCUGGGGUGGGGGUCUCCCUUGUGUGGGGGGGUCUCUGGAUCUCUAAGUGGGUCUCAUCUCCUCAGGCCAAGAACAAGCAGAAGCAGGAGGCCAAAGCCCCCAGGGCCAAGGAGACCAAGAAGAAGCCUAAGGCCAAGGAGAAGAAGGGGAAGCCAGAGAAGGGCAAGGACAAGGCUCGGCCCAAGGAGAAGAAGGGCAAGGGGGCUCGGAAGGCGGACAAGGGGCUGGUGGCCCAGCGGCGCCUGGAGGAGCGGCAGCGGCAGCAGCUCAUUCUGGAGGAGAUGAAGAAGCCCACGGAGGACAUGUGCCUGGGGGACCACCAGCCCCUUCCAGCCUUCUCCCGCAUCCCGGGGCUCGUCCUGCCCAGCCGCGCCUUCUCCGACUGCCUGACAGUCGUGGAGUUCCUGCAGAGCUACGGCAAAGUGCUGGGCCUGGACCCCACUCGGGACGUGCCCACGCUGGGCGCGCUGCAGGAGGGGCUGCUGGGGGUGGGCGCCGGGGCCGGGCAGCUGCAGGACCUGCUGGUGCGGCUGCUGCAGGCGGCCAUCUACGACCCCGGGCUGCCGCCCUACUGCCAGUCCCUGAAGAUCCUGGGGGAGAAGGUGUCGGAGAUCAGCCUGAACCGUGACACCGUGUCCGAGAUCCUGCGCUGCUUCCUGACGGCGCACGGGGCGGGCGCGGAGCUGUGCGAGGGGCUGCGCACCAAACCCUUCCAGGCGCUGCCCCCGGAGUGGAAAGCUGCCAUCCUGGUCUUCCUGGUGAACGAGCUCAACAGCAGUGCCCUCAUCAUCAGUGAGAUCGACAAGACCCUGGAGAACAUGUCCAACUACAGGAAGAACAAGUGGAUCAUCGAGGGCCGCCUGCGCAGGCUGAAGGUCGCCCUGGCCAAGAAGACGGGCCGUCCCGAGUCGGAGAUCACGGGCCUGGAGGACGGACGGCGCCGGCGCAGCUCCCGCCUGACCGAGGACACGGGCCUGGAGAUGGAGGAGGAGGAGGAGAGCCGGGGACGGAGAUCCCGCCGGGAGGAGGAGGCCGACACGUCCGCGUCCAGCGUCCCGGAGCUGGAGCGGCAGAUCGAGAAGUUGGCCAAGAGGCAGAUGUUCUUCCGCAAGAAGCUGCUCCAUUCCUCCCAGACGCUGCGAGCGGCUUCCCUGGGCCAGGACCGGUACCGGCGGCGCUACUGGGUCCUGCCCCACCUGGGCGGCAUCUUCGUGGAGGGCGCGGAGGCGGCUGAGCCGACGCCCCCGGAGCCCCCCGAGGAGAAGGUGCCCCCCCACGUGUCCCCGGUGAAGGAGGAGCCGGCGGACGUGCCCGUCCCCAGCCGGACGAGCUGCCCGACCUCCCGCGCCCGGGGCCGGCCCAGGAAGAGCAAAGAGGAGCUGGCACAGCACUGCGGACCCCGACCCACCCCCGUCAACGGGGUCCUGGAGGAGCCGGAGCCCCUGGGGCAGAGCCAGCACGACCUCAGCCAGUCCGCCUUCCUCUCCUGGCUGAGCCAGACCCAGUCGUCCCUGCUCAAGGACUCCGUCCUCACCCCGGCCAGCAGCCCCGGCAAGGGGGACGCGGGGCUGCUGCCACUCGAGGCCCCCUCAGAUCCCAUGGAGGAGGAGUUGGAGGAGGAAGAGGAGGAGAGUGCCCCGGAGGCUGUGGAAAAGCGGGGGCCCUGGUUCAACCUGCUGCCCCGGACGCCCUGCGACGACCGAGCCCCCCUCGCUACCUCCUCGGCCGAGCCCUCCCCACAAGCCCCUGCUGUGCCCCCCCGCAGCCAGACCCACGGGGACCCCCCCAGGGGCUCACCCCAGCAGCUGAACGGCCUCCCCACGGACGACCCCACGGCUCCCCUGCUCGCUUCCACGCCGGUGCACGCCGGGCCCAGGGCCCACGGCGCCUGCCCCCGGAGCCGGGGCAACCCGGAGAAGCUCCAGGACGUGCCGGGACAGCCCAAGCGCCGAGGGCGACCCCCCACCAAAUUCUUCAAGCAGAUUGAACAGAAAUACUUGACGCAGCUGACGGAGCAGCCCGUGCCCCCCGAGAUGCAGAGCGGCUGGUGGUGGCUGCGGGACCCCGAGGAGCUGGAGGCCGUGGCCCGGGCGCUGCACCCACGUGGCAUCCGGGAGAAGGCCCUGCACAAGCACCUCACCAAGCACAAGGAGUUCCUGCGGGAGGUUUGCCUCCGGGCCACCACCGACCCCAUCUUCCACCCGCGCCCCGAGGCGGCCGGUGCCGCCGUGUCUCAGGAAGUCCUGGCCCGGUGGUCGGUGAUGGACAGAGCCUACGAGACCGACCUCGGCGUCCUGCAGUGGGUGGAGGAGCUGGAGCAGCGCGUGCUGAUGGCCGACCUGCAGAUCCGGGGCUGGACGUGCCCCAGCCCCGACUCCACGCGGGACGACCUCCGGUACUGCGAGCACAAGGUGGAGCCGCUGGAGGACAUCACGAUCCGCUCCCGGCGGGACGGGCUCCCGCUGCGCCGGGAACGCACCAACCCUCUGGAUCUGGCUGUGCUCCGUCUCCUGGCGCUGGAGCAGAACCUGGAGCGCCGGUACCUGAAGGAGCCGCUGUGGCCGCUGCACGAGGUGGUGGUGGAGAAGGCGGUGCUGAGCAGCCCCGAGGAGCUGAGCCUGGGCCCCACCGAGAUAGCCUACGAGAUCACGCCGCGGGUGCGGACGUGGCGGCAGACGCUGGAGCGGUGCCGGAGCGCGGCCCAGGUGUCCCUGUGCAUCUUCCAGCUGGAGAAAUCCAUCGCCUGGGAGAAGUCUGUGAACAGAGUGACCUGCCUCGUGUGCCGGCGCGGGGACGACGACGAGCACCUGCUGCUGUGCGACGGCUGCGACCGCGGCUGCCACCUCUACUGCCACCGGCCCAGGAUGACCGAGGUGCCCGAGGGCGACUGGUUCUGCUCCGUCUGCGUGUCCCGGGCAGGGCAGUACCGGGACCCCGUCUCGCCCCGGCGGGGCAAGAAGCGGAAACGGGGGCGUCUCGGGGGGACCCCGGAGGAGGAGGAGGAGAACCCGCGGCGCCGCCCGGCCUUGCGCCGCCGAGAGGGGCUGCCCGUGCCCCGGUACCCGGGAGAGGGGCUGACCCCCACCAAACGGAGGGGAGUGACCCUGCGGGGCCAGCCCAGCGACCUCACCUUCUGCGAGAUCAUCCUGAUGGAGAUGGAGUCGCACGAGGACGCGUGGCCCUUCCUGGAGCCCGUGAACCCCCGCCUGGUCCCCGGCUACCGCAAGAUCAUCAAGAACCCCAUGGACUUCGCCACCAUGCGCACGCGGCUGCUGCGGGGAGGGUACUCGAGCUCGGCGGAGUUCGAGGCCGAUGCCCUGUUGGUGUUUGACAACUGCCAGACCUUCAACGAGGACGACUCCGCCGUGGGCCGCGCCGGCCACGCCAUGCGCCGGUUCUUCCAGAGCCGGUGGGAGGAAUUUUAUCAGGGAAAACACGCUCCGAACCCGUGAGCGGGGGGCCAGCUGUGCCCCCCCGUGCCCCCUUGGGGCUUGGGGUCCCCGUCACCCCACGAACUGCCUCCUCUGGAGCUGCUCUCGCUGCCUGCUGAUCCCACACGGGGGGUCUCGUCCCCCUUCACCCCCGGCAGCGUGAACGGGCCCCCCCAGCCCCGUGGCCCCUUCCCGCUGCCCGGUCUCCCCCCUCCCCCUGCCCCCCAUCCUGCCCAGACCCCCCCCCCAACCCCCAGCACCACCAACUCACAGACUGUGUAAGCCAAAAAGAAAAAAAAAAGAGGUGUUUUUUUUCUUUCUUUCUUUUAAA